AAGAUGGCGGCCAAGUCGGAUGGCGGCGGCGGCGGCGUGGGCUUCGCCCAGCUGCACAACCUGGACGAGGCGGCGGCGGCGGCGGCGGGCGUCUGCGGCGCCGGUGGCGGCGGCGUCGGGGCAGCGGCGGCCGAGGGCGCGGAGGAGCCGGGCGGCAGCAGCUCCUUGCACAUCUGCCACUGCUGCAACACGUCGUCGUGCUACUGGGGCUGCCGGAGCGCCUGCCUGCGGAGCCUCUUCGGGCGGGCGGCCGCCGCCGCCGCCGCCGAGCCGCUGGCCCCGCGCCCCGCCGCCGAGGGGCCGCCGCGGGCGCCGGAGGUCGGCGAGGCGGCCGAGCGGCCGUGGCUGGACUGCCUGUGGAUCGUGCUGGCGCUGCUGGUGCUGCUGGGGGACGUGGGCACGGACCUGUGGCUGGCGCUGCACCACUACGGCCGGCGGGACUACGUCUGGUGCGGCCUGACGCUGGCCUUCGUGCUGCUGCCCUCGGUGCUGGUGCAGAUCCUCAGCUUCCGCUGGUUCGUGCAGGACUACACGGGCGGCGGGCUGGGCGCCGUGCAGGGCCUCAGCAGCCGCGGGCCGCCCAUGAUGGGGGCCGUCGGCCGCCGGGGGGGACCCGCCGGCGGGGUAGGAGGAGCCGCCGGCACCACCACCCCCGGGGCGCAGCGCCUCUGCAGGAUCUCCGUCUGGGUCUGGCAGACCGUCAUCCACCUGCUGCAGAUGGGGCAGGUCUGGAGGUAUAUCCGAACUAUGUACCUGGGGAUCCAGAGCCAGAGGCGGAAGGAACACCAGCGGCGUUUCUACUGGGCUAUGAUGUACGAAUAUGCAGACGUAAAUAUGUUGCGCCUCCUGGAAACUUUCCUUGAGAGCGCCCCUCAACUGGUGCUACAGCUGUGCAUAAUGAUCCAAAAGAACCGUGCAGAAACAUUACCAUGUGUGUCCUCUGUGGCCUCCCUGAUGUCCCUGGCUUGGGUGCUAGCCUCCUAUCACAAGCUUCUUCGGGACUCUAGGGACGACAAGAAGAGUAUGAGCUACAGAGGGGCCCUCAUCCAUGUCUUCUGGCGCUGCUUCACCAUCUCAUCUCGAGUUCUUUCUUUUGCUCUCUUUGCUUCCAUCUUCCAGCUCUACUUUGGGAUCUUUGUAGUGGUCCAUUGGUGUGCCAUGGCUUUCUGGAUCAUCCAUGGUGGGACAGAUUUCUGCAUGUCUAAGUGGGAGGAGAUCCUCUUCAACAUGGUGGUAGGGAUUGUGUACAUUUUCUGCUGGUUUAAUGUCAAGGAAGGGCGGACUCGAUACAGAAUGUUUGCGUAUUACACGGUAGUCCUGACGGAGAACGCUGCCUUGACGCUCCUUUGGUAUUUUUACAGAGAUCCUGACACUACUGACCCAUAUGCCGUGCCAGCACUGUGUUGUGUCUUUCUUAGCUUUGCUGCUGGGAUAGCUUUGAUGCUGUUAUAUUAUGGUGUGCUGCAUCCCAUGGGGCCAAGAGUUAAGAUCUUAGCCAGCUCCUGUUGCGCCGAGCUGCUCUGGGGCAUUCCUUUGCCCCCCGAUGUUGAGCCCAUGGCACCCCAAACCCCUGGGUACCGGGGGGCCCAGGCUACGCCCACCAGAGCGGUCACGGAGCAACAGGAGGAACUCACGGCUGACACUUGCUUGCCCGUUUUCCAGGUGAGAGCAAUGGUACCAUCUACUCCAUCUGGGCGACCCUACCCCCCUGAGGGGCCUCUCAUUAAGAUUGACAUCCCAAGAAAAAGAUACCCUGCAUGGGAUGCUCAUUUUGUAGACAGGAGGUUAAGAAGAACUAUCAACAUCCUCCAAUAUGUCACCCCCACAGCUGUAGGUAUUAGGUAUAGAGAUGGACCUCUCUUAUAUGAGUUGCUACAAUAUGAAUCUUCACUUUAAAGCUCCUUAAAGCAAAAGUAAAAGAGGGGACCUUAUUUUUGUUUACGGUAAACACAGAUCAUGAAACAAACACAAACCUUCAGAUAAGCUUUCUUUCUGGUUGCUGUAUGUAUAAAAAAAAAAAGAUAUUCUCUAUGUUUUGUAAGUAAAAACAAAAAGAAAAACUUUUCUUUUGUUUUUUACACACAAGAAACAGUAUUUCAACUUCCACACCUAGGAUUCACAGGUGGAGAAGGAGGCAUCUCCACAUCAGUUUUAUACCGUACACCAAGUGUAGAACAUUAUCUAUGGGAUUGGUGCUGAUUGAAAAAUAAAAAACAAACAAACAAACCUACAACUGCCUUAUGCCCUUAGGUGCUGAGUUUCAUUAAGUACUGUCACCUUUCUCAUGCAAAACUCUUUGACGAUUAUAUGCCAGGAAAAGUAAAACAAAAAAAACCACAAAACAACCAACCAACUGAAAUGCAAACCUUAAAAUUAAAAAAAAAAAAAAAAAAAGAAAAGAAAAAAUAAACAACAAAAAGAGACAAAUGUACAAUUAAAAAAUAUAUCUUGUUGCUCUUAUUGGAUUUAGCAGAAAAAAACCCAAAUGUCUAAAGAUAAGAAAGCAAAGCCAAGAUACCCCCAAUGGAGUCUGAUUUUUCCAACUGAAAGACAAAAUCAGGUCUGUAACUCAAUUUGGCAAUGCAUUUAUAACACCAUUUGGCCAAGCCUGUGAACCUUGACCAAGUCAUGUUAUAAACGUGAUCCCACCAUGUAACUGUUUUCCUCGUGUAAAUGGGCCAUGUGUAAUGGUCGAUUUGCACCCAAUUAAUAUGGUAAUACAGUAUCUGAUCUUGUUUCGAACAAUUGCACACACUAAAGUGCCACUGUCUUCAGUGGAGUAAAUAUCAACCACCUGAGCCCAGAAUAAGGCCUGCCACCUUGAUUUCUGGAAAAUAAGAAAUCUGCAAACAUUGAAAUUAUAUACCAAAAACAUUAUACUAAAGUACAUUUACACAUAUCUAAUAACUAUUUCAGUAAUAAUAAAACUCAGCAUAGUAGCAAAAAGCGAGUCAAUUUAAAGGCACAAUACUUGAUCAGUGACUGGCAAAAUAAUUUGACCUACUGUAUCAUUUUAAGGCUGUGAAAGGCAUACAUGUAUUAUUUGUAAUCUUGUGUAAGACCUGUCAUGUCUCAUUCAGUGCGAGCCUUAAAGUGAUUGUAAAGCAUCCUUCGUUCCAUUUUGGGUAUUUGGGGUUUUGAUUUUUGUUUUGUUUUGUUUUUAAGGAAAACAAAACAUGAAAAUCGGGAUAAAAACAAAAAACAAACAACAACAAAACAACCAACAAACUUCUUCAAAUGGUAAUAACCUGUAAACUGACUCACAUCUAGAGAUGAUUUGGUGCUUUGUAUUUUUGUUGAUGUUGUUGUUGUGAUUUAGCUGAGAAUUCUUCACCCGGUACAUGUGGGGAACUGCUGAUAAAAACUGUCUCAUGUCACCCUCUACUGUAAGUACAUGACGAGAAACACCACCAGAGGAAAUUCAGGAGCGUAGCAAGAGCAUCGUGGUUUAGCUUUGUCUUCUCACGGCAAGGAGAUGCUGCCACCUCUGUUGAUGGCAAAGCCUAGAUGGUCACCUGCUGAGUUGUGUGGUUGUCUCGACAUUUCCGAAUAACCCGCUCAGUGUCUGAACAUUCACAUCUCUCGAAUGCUGUUUCUGUGCUGGAAUCUCUUUUUUCAAGUUAAAUCAUGGGUUUGCGUCUAUCCAACACCCUUUUCCGUUUCGAGAGUAUUGCUCCUUUAAAGGAAUAUUCCCAUUUCAGGGCAUCUUUUCAAUCCCACCAUCCCUCUACUUGGGAGGGGAAAAACAACAACAAAAUGAGAUAUUUUUAAGUGAAUGCUGUAGUAUUUUCUGUGUGUAAUUGCAAUUUUUUAUUCCAGAAAUACUGUAACUGUCUAGGGUGCAAAACUCCC